UUCGUGGAAUCAGUGUCGGUUCAAGCGCCCAACUCUCAGGUCGCGUCUUCGCUCCGAUAUACGUACAUACUUGUGUCGUUCGCUUCACGCAACUACAUAGUGAGGUUCUCGAAGAAAUAUUCUCCUUGAAGAUGCUGCAGUGACAACCCCAUGAAACUAUGAAACCGGUCCAGAACUAGUUGUUUUCAACAAUUUAGGUUAUGUUUUGAUGAAUUCGGCGAGUUUGCAACAAUUUUUAACUUGCGAUUUCUUCGCGUUCUUGUAAGGACGAUGAUUUUGGUUACGUGGCUGUAUUAAAAUAACCUGCUAGGUAUUUUAAAAUAUAAUUGGAGGUUUUUAUACAGACUGAUAUAAUUUAAAAGGCGGGAAAAUGACUCUGAACAAAGCACUGUGCGCUGUUAUAGUGCUCACUUGCGUGGCAUGCUACUAUAAUAGCUGUUAUUGCGAUUUUGUCUUUGACGAUAUCAGUGCCAUUAAAGAGAAUCGAGAUUUGAGGCCUCAUACGCCGAUCUCCAACUUGUUCUUCAACGAUUUCUGGGGCACUCCGAUGCAUAAGGAACAAAGUCACAAAUCGUAUCGUCCAUUCUGCGUCUUGACCUUUCGUCUGAAUUACCUAUGGGGUCAGCUCGAACCAUUUGGUUACCAUCUGGUUAAUAUGCUACUCCACUGUGUGGUCUGUCUUAUGUAUUUUAGAAUGUGUACAAUGUUCUUACCCAAAUUGUCCAGUUUUAUAUCAGCAAUGCUUUUUGCGGUACAUCCAAUACACACAGAAGCAGUAACAGGAGUAGUCGGCAGAGCAGAAACUCUCUCAUCGGUUUUCUUUCUCGCUGCUUUUAUCUUUUAUUCAAAGGCAACAAAAUAUAAGAAAUAUACAGGCUGGAAGUAUUUAUGUUUGUCUAUGAUUGCUACGGCAACGGCUAUGCUUUGUAAAGAACAAGGAAUAACAGUUGCUGGAGUAUGUGCAGCUUACGAAAUAUUCGUAGUUCAAAAGAUUAGGCCUAAUCACGUAAAGGAAUUCGUCAAGGCAGCGUUAAGCACAAAAUCCAGUUAUCAUUUUCCCAAAUCGAACGGACCUACCAAACGCUUGGCCGCCCUGGCUGUCACUACGUUUAUACUGCUCUUAGGCCGGUUGCAAAUUAUGGGCUCCCAGUUGCCAGUGUUUACGCGUUUUGAUAAUCCGGCAUCGGUGGCACCAACCCCAACGCGCCAGCUCACUUAUCAUUAUUUGAUCGGCGUGAACUUCUGGCUGAUGCUCUUUCCCUGCGAUCUGUGCUGCGAUUGGACGAUGGGAACAGUUCCGCUGGUGGAGUCCUUUACCGACAUGCGAAAUAUGGCAACGCUUAGCACGUAUUUCUUUAUUGCAGCCUUGGUAUGGGUAGCGUUCAAAACGAAAAAUAAGCAGCAAAGUGUCGUAUUGAUUAUAGGAACGUCGCUGAUGGUCCUGCCGUUCGUCCCUGCCUCCAAUUUGUUUUUCCCCGUGGGCUUCGUCGUGGCCGAAAGGGUUCUCUACAUGCCCUCCAUGGGUUUCUGCUUGCUGGUGGGAUACGGUUGGCAAGUGCUGCGCAAAAAGGCCGGGAAGAAACUGGCUUGGUGCUGCGCCGGAUUGCUGAUAUUUUCUCACGGGGCCAAGACAUAUGUGCGCAACUGGGACUGGGAAAGCGAAUACACGAUUUUUAUGUCUGGGCUUAGUGUCAAUCAGAGGAACGCUAAGCUCUUUAACAAUGUGGGACACGCGUUGGAGGGUCAAGGUAAAUAUCUAGAAGCCCUGCAAUACUUCCAGACCGCUGUCCAGGUGCAGCCGGACGAUGUGGGAGCGUACAUUAACGUUGGCCGCACAUACAACCACCUCAAGUUGUACGAGAAAGCGGAGGAAGCGUACCUCAAGGCGAAAUCCUUGUUGCCCAAGGCAAAACCGGGCGAGUCUUACCAGGCGAGGAUAGCGCCCAAUCAUUUAAGCGUGUUUCUCAAUCUGGCUAACUUGAUUUCAAGAAACCACACAAGAUUGGAAGAAGCCGAUCUGCUGUACCGACAAGCCAUAAGCAUGAGGGCGGAUUACACUCAAGCGUAUAUUAACCGAGGUGAUAUAUUGAUAAGACUCAAUAGGACGAAAGAAGCUCAGGAGGUGUAUGAAAGGGCUCUUUUGUACGACAGCAAUAAUCCCGAUAUUUAUUACAAUCUGGGGGUGGUAUACCUAGAACAAGGCAAAGCACCUCAAGCACUCGCCUAUCUCGACAAAGCUCUAGAAUUCGAUCCGGAACACGAGCAAGCUCUGCUCAAUUCCGCCAUACUCCUUCAGGAACUGGGAAGUCCGGAAUUUCGUAGAAAAUCAAGAGAACGACUCACUAAACUCCUGGCCAAAGAUAAAAACAACGAACGGGUACAUUUUAACUUGGGAAUGCUCGCGAUGGACGAAAAAGAUAUAUCCCAGGCGGAACAUUACUUUAGAAGAGCAGUGCACCUCAAAUCGGAUUUUAGAAGCGCCCUGUUCAAUUUGGCCUUGUUACUGGCCGACGACCAUAGACCGCUGGAAGCGGCUCCGUUUUUAAAUCAGCUGGUCAAACAUCAUCCUGAUCAUGUUAAAGGUUUGAUUUUGCUGGGAGAUAUUUAUAUUAAUAAUAUCAAAGACCUUGAUGCUGCGGAGAAUUGUUAUAAACAAAUUCUACAAUUGGAACCUGGCAAUAUCCAAGGACUUCACAACCUUUGCGUCGUCCACGUGGAACGAGGUCAACUUCUAGAAGCUCAGCGUUGUCUGGAAAAAGCACACCGAUUAGCGCCUCACGAAGACUACAUUGCCAAACACCUGGGCAUCGUGAAAAAUCGCAUUGUUAAAUUACAUCUAAACCAGGAUGUGGCAGACUCCAAGGAAAAGAGCAAAGUGGUUUCGGAUAAAAGCGUGGACGAUAACGAGAAGAAGACUGAACCGGUUAUAAGAAAAGAGACGGAAAAACAAAAACAACUUUACAGUAGUAGAGUGGUAAAUACUGAGCCGAUGUUUGUUAAUGAUAUGGACAAUGCUCAAGAUUACCCCAGCUUUGAGGUCGAAGGAGAAAAUUUAGAUAACUCUGUGGAACAUAAUUCGAGCAAAUGGGACAGCCAGAAAAGAGACACCAACACUGAAAACACCCCUGCAGACAGAUCCUAGCAAUAAAUCAAACUGAAUCGAACCUAGAACAGAAUAUUUUGAAUGUAUAAACCGUCGGAGGACUCAUAAUCUCAUAAAAGACUUUUUAUAUGGAAACCCAGAGACUUGUCAGUCAAUCGUGUUAAAUGUUUUAUCUCCAUCUAUACAGGGUUUUUCACCACAUACGACACGGAGUAUUGUAGCUAAACGAUGAGAUUUUUCCAAAUUGUAA